AUGCAACAGCAGUACCUCUGUUUAGCGUGUUCAUCAACCAUCCCAGCAAAUGUCAAGCCUGCUUCAGUGUACGUACACGGAUGCUGCUCACGCUCCGUAUGCAGUACCUGCUUGACUUCGAACCCGAGACUGGUAACGUUCUGUCCGAUAUGCGAGGAUGCCACUGCUGCGUUUCGCAAGGGUCCGAGAAACGACGUUACGCGAAAGGGCGAUGUGCUGUUUGAUGUUCAAGCUCUGCUUGAUAGAGAGCAAGCGAAAGAGCAAGAGCGUAUUCCACCACCGCCAUAUAGCGAGUCGAAAGGGGAAGAGGAUGUCUCUGGAAAGUUUGUAGUGGAAGAGGACACGGAGAGCGAGCAAGAAAAAGUGAAACCGACCGGAAAACAACCCUCGCUGUUGACGAGACAAGCAUCAAAGAGUUGUGCUGGCGCAGAAGUCGACGUUUCUGCCCAUCCCGCCGACGCUCUCACCGCGGACGAUUCAGAGUCGAGCUCUAAGCUCAUUUCGCACCGACGAAAAGUUGAUCCUCACAACACCACUGGCGCGUCCUCUUGUACCUCCAGCUCGACUGCCCGCGAUAACGGUGCAACACGACAAUACUAUCUAGGCAAAACAGACACGCUCCAAUCCAUUGCCAUCCGUUUCUGCAUCUCGAGCAAUGAACUCUGCCUUCUCAAUUCGUUGCCUCGUGCGGUUCUGUCCACGUCUCCACACCUGCUUCACACUCGAUCGUUCAUCCUGCUGCCGUCGCACGCUGUGGAAAAACAGCUAGCGACCAAUCCGGGCCUGGAACAGUCACUACAGGGACCACCGCGAAAGUCGGCAAACGAAAAGACAAUCGCGGCAAGGAGAACGGCCGAAGCCAAGUUCAGAGCGACGCUGGCGAAACGUGCGGGCGAGACGCCAGCGGAUGAAAGAGCAGCCAAGGCGUAUGUCGGGCUGGCGGAGGACGAGAUGCGCUGGGUGGAUUUUGGUGAAGGUUUGGAUGAGCUAGGAUUGUCGGUUGGAUGUGAAGCCAAUGCGCGGACAGGGAGGGAUGACAACGAGAUGUGGGAGGCGCAACAGGACACAGCCAGACGCUGUCGGUUCGAUGCGAUACUCAAGCAUGCGUUGGGCAAGUGGGAGAUGGACAGUGAUUGGGAGCGUGCUCAACGGGCGCAGGGAUUGGAUCCAUCGAUCAUCUCGAAUCCUCCCACCGCUUCAGCAUCUUCGGGCUUUGAGUCUGAAUCGAACAGCAAAACGAGCCAUUACUGGUUCACCCGUGCGCUUCACUCGCACCAGCCAGGUGAGUCGAGCUCCUCCCCUCGCCGCAAUCCACGUCACGUCGUAUCCCUGUCGAGCUCAGUCAAAUUGCCCACUUUGCUCAAAAAGUCGUUCGAAGGCGCGCAUAAAGCACCGAUCAACGUGGCACGGUACAGCUCUACCGGACGAUACCUGCUCACCGGCUCCACGGAUCGUACCGUGAAACUAUGGAAUGUUGGCUCGCCGGCUCACGACUCGCAACCCAUUUCGACGUAUACAGAGCACAACUACGCUGUACAUGCGCUGGACGUGUGCGCAGACAAUUCGCGCUUCGUUUCGGCAGGACUAGACAAAUCGCUGUACGUAUGGGACGUCUCCGCUUCCAGCGUGGUGAGGAGGUUUAGCGGGCAUAGCGGCAAGAUUAACGAUGUGAGAUUUGCAGGCAAUGACGGAGAUGGAAGUGUUAUCGUAGCUGCUGGGUGGGACGGCGUGGUAAGGGUAUACGAUCUAAGGGCUCAAGGAUCGUGGAAGCCUAUCAUGGAGCUCAGAGAAGCCACAGACGCUAUCACUUCUCUCAGCGUUUCACAAGCCAAGAUCUAUUCUGGUUGCGUCGACGGCGUCGUCCGAACUUACGACGUUCGAGCGGGCCAGCUGAAAAGCGACACUUUCCCUGCAGCGGUGACUAGUAUCGCUCCGUCGAAAUUGGAAACGUCGAUGCUGGUGGCAACACUCGAUUCCACUCUGAGGCUGUUGGACACAAGAGACGGAACGUUAUUACAAAGUUACCAGGGUCAUCAGCACCAAGAGUAUAGAUGUAGAGCGGUCUUUGGGGCUGACGAAGAGGGAAUAGUGAUAGGAGAUGAGCGCGGAAGAUUGGUCGGAUGGGAUAUGGUCAGUGGCGAAAGUGUGCGCGUGGGGGCCAAGGAGGGCGAAGAGGCAAGGCGUAGGCCGGUCCUGUGGGUUGAGUUCCAUCCGCAGGAUCCGGGUGAGAUGGUCAGUGCUGGCGCUGAUGGUGUGGUUAGGGUUUGGAGCACCGCGUCGGGUUAA